GCCAACAAGGAGCCGGUGACCACUCACUUCCUUCAGGCUGGUCUCUCUUCCUUACUGGAAAAGGACAUUUGGGACUGAAAAGUUCAUUGCUUUUCUUCUAGCUUCUUCAACAGUGGGAGCUGAGAGAGUCUGCUUCACAGGCUGCCAGCCUCAGAACGGCAGCUUGUACCAUGGAACAGAGAGGGCUCUUUUGUUGUCCUUUCUGAACUUUUGUGCGGAUGCGGAGGAAACCCUGAAGCAUUUCCCCCGCCUUUCUCCGGGCAAACAGAAGAGCUAAAGGAGAAAGCUAAAAGAGAAGCGAGAAGGGUUUUUGUGUGUGUGUGUGGACAGGGUAGGGUGGGCUGGGACAAUGACAGAAGAAAGCAAAGGUGAAGGUAAAGGCGAAAGUGGGAAGGACCUGGAGAAGCAGCUGCGCCUAAGGGUGUGCGUUUUGAAUGAGCUGCUGAAGACGGAGCGUGACUAUGUGGGCACUCUGGAGUUUUUGGUGUCGGCAUUCUUUCACAGAAUGAUGCAAUGGGCUGCUUUCAAAGUUGAUAAAAAUGUUACGGAGGAAACAAUUAAGAUGUUGUUCUCAAAUAUUGAAGAUAUCCUUAAACUGCAUAAGGAUUUUCUGUCCAGUAUGGAGGAAUGUCUACGCCCUGAACCUAAUGCUCAACAAGAAGUGGGAACCUGCUUCCUUCGUUUUAAAGACAGAUUUCAUAUCUAUGAUGAAUACUGCAGUAACCAUGAGAAGGCACAGAAACUUUUGCUUGAACUCAACAAAAUAAGAACAGUACGGACUUUUCUGUUGAACUGCAUGCUGCUAGGAGGACGCAAAAAUACCGAUGUGCCAUUAGAAGGAUAUAUAGUGUCACCAAUCCAGAGAAUAUGCAAGUAUCCACUUCUUUUGAAGGAGCUGUUAAAGCGUACUCCAAAAAAGCACAGUGACUACUUUGCCUUAAUGGAAGCGCUCCAAGCCAUGAAAUCUGUCUGUUCCAACAUAAAUGAGGCAAAGAGACAGAUGGAAAAACUAGAGGUUUUAGAAGAAUGGCAGUCUCACAUUGAAGGAUGGGAGGGUUCCAACAUAACAGACACCUGCACAGAAAUGCUGAUUUAUGGAGUCUUGUUGAAAAUCUCUGCAGGAAAUAUUCAGGAAAGGGUGUUUUUUCUUUUUGACAAUCUUUUAGUCUACUGCAAAAGAAAACAUAGACGACUGAAGAACAGCAAAGCAUCCACAGAUGGACGCCGGUAUCUCUUCCGGGGCAGAAUAAACACAGAAGUGAUGGAGGUGGAAAAUGUAGAUGAUGGUACAGCUGACUACCACAGCAGUGGCCAUAUUGUUAUAAAUGGUUGGAAGAUACACAACACUGCAAAGAACAAAUGGUUUGUGUGUAUGGCCAAAACAGCUGAAGAAAAGCAGGAAUGGCUGGAGGCUAUUCUGAAAGAAAGAGAGAGAAGAAAAGGGCUAAAACUAGGCAUGGAACAAGACACUUGGGCAAUGAUCUCUGAACAAGGAGAGAAACUGUACAAAAUGAUGUGCAGGCAGGGGAACCUGAUCAAAGAUCGAAAGAGAAAAUUAACUACCUUCCCCAAAUGUUUCCUUGGGAGUGAAUUUGUAUCUUGGUUGCUGGAGAUUGGAGAGAUUCACAGAGCUGAAGAAGGUGUUCAUCUUGGCCAGGCUUUGCUAGAGAAUGGCAUUAUCCACCAUGUUACUGAUAAGCAUCAGUUCAAGCCUGAGCACAUGUUGUAUAGAUUUCGCUAUGAUGACGGCACAUACUACCCAAGAAGUGAAAUGCAGGAUGUAAUUUCCAAGGGAGUAAGAUUGUAUUGUCGUCUGCACAGUCUAUUUACUCCAGUGGUCAGAGAUAAAGAUUAUCAUCUAAGGACCUACAAAUCUGUAGUGAUGGCUAAUAAAUUGAUAGACUGGCUAAUUGCUCAGGGGGAUUGCAGAACAAGAGAAGAAGCAAUGAUUUUUGGAACAGGACUUUGUGAUAAUGGAUUUAUGCACCAUGUACUGGAGAAAAGUGAGUUCAAAGAUGAACCUCUGCUCUUUCGUUUUUUCGCGGAUGAAGAAAUGGAAGGCUCAAACAUGAAGCACAGACUCAUGAAACAUGAUUUAAAAGUAGUGGAAAAUGUAAUAGCCAAAUCAUUGUUGAUUAAAUCAGCAGAAGGAAGCUAUGGUUUUGGCUUAGAAGACAAAAACAAAAUGCCAAUAAUUAAAGCAGUAGAAAAAGGAUCAAAUGCUGAGAUGGCAGGCCUGGAAGUUGGAAAGAAGAUCUUUGCUAUUAAUGGUGACCUAAUUUUUUUGAGACCCUUCAGUGAAGUGGAUAGCUUUCUGAAAGCAUGUUUAAGCAGCAGAAAACCCCUCAGGGUGCUUGUGAGCACAAAGCCCAGAGAGACAGUGAAGAUCCCUGACUCCAUGGAUGGGCUUGGAUUCCAAAUACGAGGCUUCGGUCCUUCUGUUGUCCAUGCUGUUGGAAGAGGAACUGUGGCUGCUGCUGCUGGCCUCCAACCUGGACAGUGCAUAAUCAAAGUGAACGGAAUUAACGUCAGUAAAGAAACCCAUGCAAGCGUUAUUGCCCAUGUCACAGCCUGCAGGAAAUACAGACGUCCAAUGCAUCAAGAUUCUAUUCAAUGGGUAUAUAACAGCAUUGAAAGUGCCCAGGAAGAUCUUCAGAAAACAAACUCCAAACCCUUGGGGGAUGAAGGAGAAGAUGCAUUUGAUUGUAAAGUAGAAGAAGUAAUUGACAAAUUUAACACCAUGGCAAUGAUUGAUGGACAGAAAGACCAUGUCAGCCUGACUGUGGAUAAUGUUAAUCUAGAAUAUGGUGUGGUUUAUGAGUAUGACAGUACAGCUGGAAUAAAAUGCCAUGUUUUAGAGAAGAUGAUUGAGCCAAAGGGCUUUUUUACUUUGACAGCAAAGAUUCUUGAAACACUAGCAAAAAGUGAUGAACAAUUUUUGCAAAAUUGUAAUAGCCUAAAUAAUUUAAAUGAAGUAAUCCCUACUGAUCUGCAAAGCAAAUUCAGUACAAUCUGCAGUGAGAAAAUUGAGCACAUCUGCAGAAGAAUCACUAGCUAUAAAAAGUUUUCACGGGUUUUAAAAAACCGAGCAUGGCCGACCUUUAAGCAAGCUAAAGCUAAGAUCUCACCAUUGCACAGCAGUGAUUUUUGUCCAACGAAUUGCCACAUUAAUGUGAUGGAAGUCUCAUACCCUAAAACUUCAACAUCAGUUGGUAGUGCUUUUGGUGUUCAGUUAGACAGCAGAAAACACACUUCAUAUGAAAAAGAAAACAAACAUACUGACCAAGGUAAACUGAGUCCCAUGGUUUAUGUACAACAUACAAUUACUACAAUGGCAGCUCCGUCAGGACAGUCCUUAGGUCAACAAGAUGGCCAUGGUUUGAGAAAUUUGUUAAAAGAAGAGAAUCUGGAAACACAAGAUGUCUAUCAGAAAUUGUUGUGCAAAUUGCAAGCUGCACUGAAGGAAGUGGAAAAUUGUGUCUCUCAAAUAGAUGACCUUUUGUCUUCAAUAACGUGUUCUCCAAAGCCACAACGUAAAAUGCAGGAGUCAUUAGCACCUAUAGACAAUGAUUCUGAAAAAGGAGAACGAAAUGGGAAAAAGGUCUGCUUCAGUGUGACUGGAGAUGAGCAGGAAGAUUCUGGUCAUGACACUAUUAGCAAUCGGGAUUCAUAUAGUGACUGCAACAGCAACAGGAAUUCCAUUGCUUCUUUUACCAGUAUUUGUAGUAGCCAGUGCAGUUCUUACUUCCACAGUGAUGAAAUGGAUUCAGGUGAUGAACUUCCAUUAAGUAUUCGAAUUUCUCACGAUAAGCAGGACAAACUACAUGGUUGUUUGGAACAUCUGUUUAGUCAGGUAGACUCAAUUAUUAAUCUUCUAAAAGGACCUGCUGUAGCAAGAGCUUUUGAGCAGACAAAGUUCUUCACUCCAAGUCGAAGCUUACAAGAGUUUCAGCAGGACAUGGAACCUAAACUCAGUUGUCCCAAGAGGUUACGACUACACAUCAAGCAAGAUCCUUGGAACCUUCCCAGCAGUGUUCGAAACCUUGCACAAAACAUCAGAAAAUUUGUUGAAGAAGUGAAAGCAAGAAUCCUUUUAGCACUCCUUGAAUAUACAGAUAGUGAGAUUCAGCUCAGGCGAGACAUGGUCUUCUGCCAGAGUCUAGUGGGCACAGUUUGUGCCUUUUCAGAGCAACUAAUGGCUGCCUUAAAUCAGAUGUUUGACAACAGCAAGGAAUGUGAAAUGGAGACACAAGAAACCAGCAAAAGGUGGCUGGAACAAAUAUCCAUUGCAGGUGUCCUUCUUAACUUCCAGUCACUAUUGUCACUUAACCUGACUGAUGAACAAUCUAUGCUAGAAGACACAUUGGUUGCGUUGUUUGACCUAGAGAAAGUUACAUUUUAUUUUAAACUAUCUGAACAAGAGCCUGUAGUUGCAAAUAUGCCAAUCCUAUAUCAAGCAGAAGGAAGUCGACAAGCCUUGAAAGUUUACUUUUAUCUUGGUAGUUACAAUUAUGAACAACUUCCUCAAAGGCUGAAGAAUGGUGGAGGUUUUAAAAUUUACCCAGUUCUGUUUGCUCAAGCGCUAGAAAGCAUGGAAGGCUAUUAUUAUAGAGACAAUGUGUCAGUAGAAGAAUUUCAAGCACAGAUUAAUGCAGCGUCACUAGAAAAAGUCAAACAGUAUAACCAAAAACUCAGGGCAUUUUACCUGGACAAGUCAAAUCUUCCGCCUAAUUCAACAUCAAAAGCUGCUUACAUAGAUAAGCUGAUGCGACCCAUCAAUUCAUUAGAUGAACUUUACCGAUUAAUGGUGUCUUUCAUAAGAUCGAAGCGCACAGCAAGCUGUGCUAACACAGCCUGCAGUGCCUCUGGAAUUGGACUGCUGUCAGUUGCUUCAGAGCUCUGUAGCAGACUUGGAGCCUGCCAUAUUAUCUUGUGUAAUAGUGGAGUUCACCGGUGCACUCUUAGUGUCACUCUGGAGCAGGCAAUAAUUCUUGCUCGGAGUCAUGGCCUACCUCCUCGAUAUAUCCUCCAAGCUACAGAUGUGAUGCGCAAACAAGGAGCAAGAGUGCAGAAUACUGCCAAAAAUCUAGGUGUGAGGGAUCGAACACCUCAGUCUGCUCCAAGGUUGUACAAGCUGUGUGAGCCGCCACCUGCUGCAGGAGAGGAGUAAAUAGUCCUAUUUGAAGAGUAAUCAAAAUGCCAAGUUCCAUGACACUGAAGUAAAACCUGAACACAAAAGAUCUUCCACAGAAUGUGCCUUGAGUACUGACAAACUGCAGCACUUAGCUCGGAGUAUGGCUGUGCAAAUGAGGAACAUUUAUUUCUGAGAAGAAAAUAUAGCUGACCUUCUUGUUCUUCCCUGUAGUUUAUAUCUAGUAAUUUUACAUUGGAAUAGAGCUACAAUUUUAAUGGUUACUUCAAUAGUGCACUGGUAGCAGCAUGAACACAAAGAUACAGUAUUUUGUGAAAAAGCCAUAUAGACAAUUAAAAAAAACCAGUGCCUUGAUACUGUGAAAGAUAAAAGGGCAGUUUAAAUUUCCCAUGCUAUGCUUUUGUAGUUCGUAGUACACAUAAUCAUUCCCCCACCAAUAUUCUGUCUUAAUUUUGUAAACUGUAACUCCAUGCAAUUCAACGAGUAUGCAAUUAAACAGUAAAUAGAUAUUCAAAUAUUAUUAGGAAAAAUGGAAAUGCUUCACUUCAGAGUUCUAGGAGAACCAUUGUAACUUCUACCAUCAAGUGAGCUGACAGAGGUAACUGCUUUUGCAUGAAUUAAUCAUGUGAAAAUGUUAUUCCUAAUACUUAGGUCAGAACACACCAGUGAGUCAGAGGAGUGUUUUAUAUGAGUUCCCCGAUUUUUAGUACUGAACUGUCAUUCAGCACAAUAUGUUCAGUUUUGUUCCUGCUGGGAUCAGGCACUGGAAAUGACAGAUUGAUUCUGAUGAGUCAAAAUUCCAUUAGUAUUCCCCUUAAUUGAUAGUUCAGGAAUUAUUGACUGGAGCCUGUUUGGUAUAACAAUCUCUUUAUGCCAAAACUCUGAUCACAUUGAGUUUGAAGAAAUCUCACCUAAGAAUAUAUGCAUUCUGUAAGUGAGAAAGGGAGUAAAAUAUUGACUAAAUGAGAGACCUGCCAGAUGUUGUGUGUUCUAGUUUGCAUAAGGCAAAAACAGACAUCUUUAACUUAAAAUGGGAAGUUGUGUAGUACUUGGAUUUUAAUACUAAAACAUAUUUUUGAAAUGUAAUACUUUCUGCUAGCAUGCACUUCAGCCAUAAAAUCAAAUUUGUGUUUCCAACAGCCAUGGGUUAUAGUAGCAAAAGAUAAGAAAAAUAUUGUGGUAAAAAGCAAAAGAUAAGAAAAAUAUUGUGGUAAAAUAUUUAAAAUGUACCAUGCACAAAUUAUUCAUUUAGAAUUAGAAAAUUAACAGUUCAUCAGCUAAUAAAAUUAACACAAACACAAAUGAACAAACAAAAAUUGAUCCAGAUGAUCACUGGAAAAAGCAUCCUGGAACCUACCUGAUCCAAAAUAAGUCUUAAGUUGUACUAACAAAAAUGAAUGUUAUUAUCAUAUUCCUUGAAUACAUUUUCUUUUCAUCUUUGCUGAAGCAAUGUAGGCCUUUUCUGCACAUGCCAUUUACAAUGUUUCCAGCCUGGAAAUAAGACAUUUCCUCUGUGGAGUUUCACAGUUUUCCUCCUUUGGGUUUGGAAACAUUUCCAAACAACUUUUUAUUCAUUGUUUCUGAAAACACUUUUACAACAGUGUAUUCUUUAAGCAUUUCCAAGCUGAUUUUCCUUGCAGCACAGUCAUAAUUGAAACAUUUGAUCUUUCCCACUGAAAAGCCUGGCUGUUUUCAACACCCCUGUUAAACUCAACUUCCCCCUUGGCACAUAGUCCAUUUUUUCAUGCCUCUCUCCUAACUCCUUUCCCCCCCGUUUCUUAAUUUUUGUCAUUUUGUUUGGGUAUUUUUUCCUGUUUUGGGUAAAUCACUGAAGUAUCAAUUAAACAAAUCUACAAAGCAUCAUUUCAAUUAAUAAGCAAAAAAAACCCCCUCUCUCACAGUGGCAAAGAAACAUUUGGAGGUGGUGAGUGCUGACAAACAUGAAGGGGUGUGUGUGAAAAUGUUCCAGAAACGUUGCAAGUGAUUUGUGAAGAAAAGGCCAUGUCAACAACAGCCACAUUCCUCUCCAACUUUUUCUUAAUCCAAGCAGGCAGCAUCCACUACAAUGUUUUUGAGAAGCAUCCACACAACAGCAUUCCUUAGUUGUUUUCUUCCUGUACUUUCCCCAUAUUCAGUACCUUCAACCUGGUUUGGUAAAUUUUUUCCCAGAAAGAAUGUGGUAUGAAGUCCCAAUCUCAAAUAUCAGAAACAGAAUUUUCUUGAAGGGCAUGAAGAGAAUCAACCUGUUAUGAAUAUUCACUUCAGGGAAGUAGGAGGGAAGUUUCUAUUCUAAAACUAAUGUAAUAGAUUAACCCUGUUUUUCCAUCAUGAUUAAUGACAGUUUUAAUAUGUUGUAGUGAAAUACAAUAGGUGACAUAGAUUAGUUCCCCUUGAGAAAAUGGCUUCUUUGGAGGAUGGAGUCUAUGUCAUUAUACCUUGCUGAGGUUCCUCCUCGGGUUCCAUCCCAACCCAGAAGUUGCAACCCUCUAGCAUUCAAUUUGUUCUUAGGUUUUAGAACUUGAAUGCUUCAAACUAAUGUAUUUAAAAUAAAGUUUAAGAUACUGAAAGUCAUAUAGCAUAUCUACCUGAACCAGCAAAGAAAUGUAUGCUUCUGUGCUCUUAGUUAAGGAACCUGAUAGGUGAACUGAAACUAAAGCUGAAUGCAUUCUUAGAGAAUUCGAGAAAUAUUAUUUGAAUUUAUGUAACUCUGAUAACCCUAAGGCUAUUCAAACAUUUAAUAUUUUCAUGCUGGAUAUUCUGUUUGUCUAUAUAAUACUGCCUUCUAGCCAUAAUGGCUACUAUAGUUCAAAAGCAAAAUUUCAUAUACUACUAUAGUGCCUGGAAUAUAUUUUAACAAUGCAUCCAUUGAUAUUGUUGGCUAUGGUGUUACUAUACUAUAUUUCCACAAUGUACUUCAUUUCCACAAUUUAUAGCAACAUACCAACUUAAAAAAUAUUACAGCAAGUUAUUUAAUCUGUAGCAUCUUGUAUAUAGUGUAAGAAGUCCAGUAAAUUUAUGUGCUCCUUGAGAAAAAAAACACACAGGUAGGUAGGAUUUUUAUUGAAUUUUUAGCAGGAUUAGAUUUUGCAGAGGGAGAAUCUAUUUUUGUACUUACUCAAGUGAGGUCUAGAGCAUUUAAAAAUAUAAAUACAUGUAAAGACAUUUACGAAGUAUAUCAGCAGUGACUUCUAUAUCUCCCAUAGUUAUAGUUCUUAAAGCUCAACUUGUAUUACAAUUAACAUUGAUAUGAAAUUCCUUUAAAAUAUGGAUUUUUAUAAAAUUAUUUUUCUAUGUAGUGUGUGUUUAGUACAAUAUUACUUAUCAGAUAAUAAAUACAUGCUAUUUUUAUUAGAA